CUUUAUUAAUGCUUUCCCUUAGAAGAAUUCUCCUUCUUCAGAAGGUAGAAAUUGUCAUUCUUUCGUAAACAGUUGAAAGUGAUUUUCGUCAUUUUGGACAAGCUGAUGAGCAAUGACACAAGUCAAUCGUUCACAGAUACUUUCAAUCUUCAAGAAGUUGCAUAGGGUGAGACAAAGGGCUUUUAAGAAUGAUGAUUUUGGACUAAGUGUGUGCAGAGACAGAAUAAAUGAUGGAUUCAGGAAGAACAUAAACAUAACAGAUGAAGCAGAAGUAUUUAAGUUAUACAAAACGGCAGAAGAAGUGGAAAUGGUAAUGAGGACCCAGCUCGUACAGAUGGAGGAGGUCGCAGGGAACACGUUCAGGAUGAAUAUUAGAGAGGAAACUCACAAGAGGCCCAACAUUCCUUAUGACCAUGAAGCGUCGAUUUCAUGGAAAGCUAGAAAACCAAGACGAUCUAAUGAUAGGAAAGCACCAAAGGAAUCAUAGUGACCAAUAACGGAGUUGUGUGCGACUGAUCUUGUUUAGUCUCUGAGAUUUAUAAGUCAUCGAAUGUUUGUUAUGGACAUUUCGAUGAAGACUAAGAAGAGAUAUUAUGUAGGCAACAUAAACUGUUUGUUUGUUUAUCGAUCUACAUCCCUCGGCAAUGUUUUACAGCUCUGUUCACAUCAUAAAUUCCAACAUUUUUAUUUCAGAAUUUGAUGCAGGAUUUGUUGCAUACACUUAUUUGCUACUGUCAUUUGUUAUUGGAGUGUAUUUGAAAUAACAUGUGAGACCUCUAAAUUCUUGUAAACGAAUUUCAAUUUUGAUGGAUCAAAUCUCAGGAGUGACACAAUCAUUUUGUAAUUAUUGAUACUGUGUUUUGGGAAAGGUCCAUGGAUACCAUAGGAAAUAAAAAUCAAACAUUUCAUCAAAAGCUGAAUUUCAAUUUUAAGGACAAGAGGGUUGACACAUCCUUAAGCUUUCAUUUUCAGUGCAUGUUCAGCAAUGGAUUUGGAGUUGUAAAUUUUGACUGAAAUUCUGUGAUAAUAAAGAAGUGAUGUGUUCGUUUUUCUUUUUGAAAA